AUGCCUCUCGGGAUCCACAAUCCGCUUCCGUCGUCUUUGAGCAGUGAAUGCAAGAAGGCGGCGAAGAUCCUGACAUCCUUCGUGGACCCCAAGCAGGCCUUCGGUCCAGAAAAGGUCAUUCCACCAGAGAUCCUGGCGAAUGCGAAGGGCUUGGCGAUUCUCACGGUUUUGAAAGCUGGUUUCAUUGGCUCUGGUCGAUUCGGAUCGGGUCUCGUGGUCGCUCGUCUUGCUGAUGGCUCCUGGUCGGCUCCCUCGGCCAUUGUCACUGCCGGCGCAGGUGUUGGUGGCCAGAUCGGAUUCGAACUGACCGAUUUUGUCUUCAUUCUGAAUGACGCAUCAGCCGUCCGCGCAUUCUCUCAAUUUGGCACACUUACACUGGGUGGUAACGUCUCCCUCGCCGCCGGACCGGUCGGUCGGAAUGCAGAAGCUGCUGGUGCGGCCAGCACAAAGGGCGUCGCGGCCGUUUUCUCCUACUCCAAGACCAAAGGUCUCUUCGCUGGUGUCAGUUUGGAGGGCAGUGUGUUAGUGGAGCGCAAGGAUGCCAAUGAGAAGAUGUAUCAAAGCCGAGUGUCCGCCAGCCAGCUCCUCACUGGUACCGUUCGACCGCCGCCAUCUACCGAUGCCUUGAUGCGUGUCCUCACAUCGCGUAUCUUCCAAGGAAACGUCCGCGCACAGGGAGAUGCGAUGUACAACGACAUCCCGAUCUACGCAGAUAGCCAGGACGAUGUGGUCUGGGAAGGUCGCAAAGGCUCGGCCUAUGGCCAAGGUGCGCGACGGGAACGAUCGAACACCGAGGACAACUAUGAAUACCGCGAUAGCCCACGCCGCGCAAACACAUGGGCAGACGACACAUAUGAUCGACCGACAGGAAACAUCGGUCGCUCGGCGACUACGCGCGCUCCCCCUGUUGAUACCUAUGACAACUAUGGACGCAGCCGGAGCAACACGUAUGAGAAUGAUGACUAUGCCUACUCAGAUCGUCGGCCGACCCGGCCUACCGCGCCCAAGCCGGUCUUUGGGCAAAAGACGGGUGCAGGGCCAGGACUGCGGCAGGACCAGGUGGUCGCACUUUUCACAUUUGAUGCGGACCAGGAAGGUGAUUUAGGAUUCAAAAAGGGCGAUAUCAUCACAAUCAUCAAGCGAACAGAGAAGGCUGAAGAUUGGUGGACUGGACGUAUCGGUGACCGCGUCGGUAUAUUCCCCAGCAAUUACGUUGAUUCCUCCUAA